GCCGUUCUAUUGGGCCAGCAGCUUCCGGUUUCUUCCCAGCCAGGAUUAACGAAAGUUGUCAGAUCGAUACAAAUAUGAGUCGGCACUUUGACUAGACGGGGGGAUAAGUUCAGUUACCGGAAGACUUCUUAGGUUCUUGUUCCACUUUUUUCUUCGCGUCCGAGAUCCCCGCCUAGCUCCCAGCUGCCAAGUGUCGGGAUUGUUUUGCUCGAAGCGGUUAGCGAACCAUGAUGGCGUCAAGCUACAACGCUAAGGAAGAGGACGGCCACCACUCUGGCUCUUCGAGUCACGGUGGACCAGGAGCAAUCAAAAGCAAAAAACCGGACAAUACAGCAUUCAAACAGCAAAGGCUACCCGCUUGGCAGCCGAUUCUGACGGCGGGCACCGUACUGCCGGCGUUCUUCGUCAUCGGCCUCAUCUUCAUCCCCAUCGGCAUCGGGCUGUUUGUGACUUCAAACAACAUCAAAGAGUUCGAGAUUGACUACACUGGUGUCGAGAUUGAUAGUCCAUGUUACAUAUGUGCUAAGAACUUCAGCUGGAACAGCACAACAUCAUGCGUCUGUUCUGUGAACUUCACUUUGGACCAACCCUUUGAGAGCAAUGUCUACAUGUACUACGGUCUAUCCAACUUCUACCAGAACCACCGGCGCUAUGUGAAAUCCAGAGAUGACAGCCAACUCAACGGCGUCGAGUCCAACUUGAAGCAACCCAGCAAGGAAUGUGAGCCGUACCGCACCAGUGACGGCCUGCCCAUCGCUCCAUGCGGCGCCAUAGCUAACAGCCUUUUCAAUGACACCCUGGAGUUGUUCCACAUCAAUCAAAACGGAACCAAGCAAAGAGUGAAUGUGACCAAAAAGGGCAUCGCGUGGUGGACGGACAAGCACGUCAAGUUCAGGAACCCCGGCGGAAGCAGCAAUCUAAGCGUGGCGUUCCAAGGUACGGCCAAGCCGGUGAACUGGAGGAAGGCGGUUUACGACUUGGACCCGGAAGAUCCCGAAAACAACGGCUUCAUAAACGAGGACUUCAUCGUGUGGAUGCGCACGGCGGCGCUGCCCACCUUUCGGAAGCUCUACCGCAUAAUCCAGAAGAAGCCGAACUCCACCCCGACUCUAUCCAGCGGCAGAUACGUCAUGGAAAUAACCUACAAUUACCCCGUGCUCAGCUUCGAUGGGCGCAAAAGAAUGAUCUUGAGCACCAUUUCCUGGAUGGGGGGCAAGAACCCUUUCCUGGGCAUCGCCUACAUCACCGUGGGCUCCAUCUGCUUCUUCCUGGGCGUGGUCCUGCUCGUCAUCCACCACAAAUACGACACGCGCACCAACAGCGCGGAGAUUCCAAACUGAGCGGCCGCCGCGUCGCCGCGCCUGCAUGCCCGCCUGACCUUAAAGGGGACCGUUCUGGACUGCCGAUUUGUUUUCUAGCUUGGAUCUAUUGUGAAGGUGAGGGGGUGCAUUGUGUCAUCGGUGUGUAGCAUCAAGUUUUAGUGCGUCAAAACUUCUGUUUGCUUUAAUGUUACAUCCUGUCUACAGUUUUUAUUCUAUUUAUCUGCUCAUAAUCCAAAUGUCCUUUUUUUUUAGCAGUGAAUGGCUUCUUUGAAGGAUGUACAUUGUCUAUAAUGGAAGUGAUAACAGAAAGGCCCUGCUGUGGAAUGUAAAUAUCCUGUUAUGGUUGUUGAAAUGAUUCUGCUUACAGAUGUGUUUCUCGUGUCCUCUUCACUGUUCAGCCCAAACUGCUUCCCUUUAUGAAGAGCAGUUUUAAAUUCUAAUUCUUAGUCUUGUCACUGAGCAUGUCUUUGUUUCGUGCUGCCUGUUUUCAGACAGGAAUGAAACUUUAUUUUUUUCCUUUUUUUUUGUUUUUGUUUUUUUACACCAAAAUUUUCUUCUAAAUUGUUUCAGCUUCAGCUCCUUGAUGUUAAAGAAACGGCUGCAAACAUCUCAAUAUUUGAAAAUGUGGCUUGCUUGUUAAGUUAUUGUAAAAGUGUCUAUGUUGAACUAACAUUUGCACUUUGAAAGUGUCACAGUUGCAAGUUUUUCCCCACUAUUUUUUUUCUCUGUCACUACAGUCUGUUCCUGUAGUGAGAAUUGAAAAAGAAGUUUCAAUCUUUUGUUUCAUGCAAUUUUUUUUUGGGUCCAAAUAAAGAACUCUUAACAGUGA